AGUUUAGACACAGACUUCAGAAGUUGAGAAGUUGUUGUCCUCUCCGCGGAUAACAGUUGAGAUGCGCAUAUUAUUAUUACCUUUUGGACAAAUUGAAUGUGUUCGUCAACAUCUUAUUUUGGCAUAAUAAGAAGCAUGGAUUCUCGAGUAGAUUCGACAGAUGGAUUUUCAACCUAUGAGGGCACUCCUCGACCACCGACGCAGCUCAAGGAGCACAAAAGACCCGAAUCACCUUUACCUUUCAGUGUGGAUGCGAUCAUGUUGGAUAGAAUAACUCCUGGCGACCGAGGGAGACGCCACAGCGGUACGAUAAUCUCUCCCCUGGGGAAUUACUCUAUAUCGGUGUCCAGAGAGGCGUCUAGUACAGAAGACUUUCCUCACAACUUUGACCCGUCUUCUUCGACAGUUAAAUCAGAGACGUCGGAACCAGGGGACUUUGCAUCCAAUUUGGCUCCAGUGCUCAACCAGCUCAGUCCCUCCUUAAGGAAACACAAGACGAACAGGAAGCCCCGGACCCCCUUCACCACCUCCCAGCUCCUGUCCCUGGAGAGGAAGUUCCAUCAUAAACAGUACCUGUCCAUCGCUGAGCGGGCUGAGUUCUCCUCCUCCCUGUCUCUCUCAGAGACCCAGGUAAAGAUCUGGUUCCAGAAUCGACGGGCUAAAGCCAAGAGACUGCAGGAGGCAGAGGCGGAGAAACUCAAGAUGUCCGCCGCAGGUGUUGGAUCCAAGCCGGGGUUCUAUCACCCGGGGUUCUCCUCGCUGCCGUUUCCCCUCUGUGUCAGUCUGGGUGGUCUAGGGGGUCUGGGUGGGUGGGUCUCAGGGAUGUACGGAGGACAGGGGUUCCCCUUCAGACGCACCCCUCUGUUAAAAACAGAACCACAUCUGGGGGUGUACACCUCACCUGUGGGGUACGGACUGUUCCACCUGUCCUGAAAGGUUUGUGUGUGUGUGUGUGUGUGUGUGUGUGUGUGUGUGUGUGUGCGUGCGUGCGUGCGUGCGUGCGUGCGUGCGUGCGUGCGCGUGCGAAUGCGAUGAUCCUCACAACAAGAUUUCAAAUUAUACCCUAACUCUCAGGGAUGCCUUGAAUAUAUUGUGCUGGACCAACUUUGAUAUAUUCAACAGAUGUGUAAGCGUGCAUGGUUAUAUGGUAGCUUGUGUUCCCUGGUUUGUUACGGUAGAGCCUAGCGCAUUAGAACACCCCAUAGUUCCAACACCCAUUGCAGUGUCAUUGUUCCUUUAUUCUAUAGCCCUGACCCCCUGACCUGUGCUGUAUUUGCCAAGGUUUCUUGGAUCUUUCCGUAGGAUACUGAUCCACCGUGUGUCUGAUCACUCCCAAAAUACUAGAUUAGCUCUAUAAUAACAUAUUUAUUAAAUAAAUGUAAUAUAAUAUAUAUUUUAUGAAAUGUAUCUACAAGUGUAAAUAUUUUGUGGUCUGAUGUUGAAAAUAAA